CAGGAUGCACCCCAAGGGGCGGUCUAUCCAGGCAGGACGCUGGAUGCUCCCGCAGGCCCCGCCCUUGGCCCGGAUAUUUAGGCAGUGCGCGUCUGGAGGCGGGCUCCGGCAAUGGAGACCGCAGCAGAGGAGGGCGCUCGGCCAGAGACGCGCGCAGGGCCUUCGGGUGCAGACUGGAGACUGGCGGGUGGCGCUGAAAUCCCGUUUCGCGCGGCGGGCUCACUCGCCUUCUUGCCGGGCGACUUUUGUCCCUCGCGAGACCCCGUUGGGCGGCCGUGGAGGCGUGGCUGGGGGCGGGCAGUGGGGGCGGGCUCGGGGCUGCGGAGCCGGGGCUGCGGCUGUCAUGGACGCCUGGGUCCGCUUUAGCGCUCAGAGCCAGGCCCGGGAGCGGCUGUGUAGGGCUGCCCAGUAUGCUUGCUCCCUUCUUGGCCAUGCACUGCAGAAACAUGGGGCCAGUCCUGAGUUACAGAAACAGAUUCGGCAACUGGAGGGUCAUCUGAGCCUAGGGAGAAAGCUUCUACGCCUGGGUAACUCAGCAGAUGCUCUUGAGUCCGCCAAACGAGCUGUACACCUAUCAGAUGUUGUCCUGAGAUUCUGCAUCACUGUUAGUCACCUAAAUCGAGCCUUAUAUUUCGCCUGUGACAAUGUUCUGUGGGCUGGCAAGUCUGGACUAGUACCUCGUGUGGAUCAGGAGAAGUGGGCUCAGCGUUCAUUCAGGUACUAUCUGUUUUCCCUAAUUAUGAAUUUGAGCCGUGAUGCUUAUGAGAUCCGCCUUCUGAUGGAACAAGAAUCUUCAGCUUGUAGUCGGCGACUGAAGAGUUCUGGAGGAGGAGCCCCAGUAGGAGUUGAAACUGGAGCUUCUGGGGGUCCAGGGACUCCAGGAGGUGGCCUGCCCCAAUUGGCUCUGAAGCUCAGGCUCCAAGUCUUGCUGUUGGCCCGAGUUCUUCGAGGCCAUCCGCCCCUUCUGCUGGAUGUGGUCAGAAAUGCCUGUGAUCUCUUCAUUCCACUGGACAAACUAGGCCUCUGGCGCUGUGGCCCUGGGAUUGUGGGACUUUGUGGCCUUGUGUCCUCCAUUCUGUCUAUUCUCACUUUAAUCUGCCCUUGGCUACGACUCAAACCCUAAUAGUUUAGUAUAGGAUAAAAAGGAAACUUGAAUUGAUAAGAUGAAAUCUUAGAUUGCCCCCAGUGUACAUCAGCCUCAUUCUAACUCUUCUCCUUUAAGAUUGAAAUCCAGAGAUUUGAGAGUGAAAGGAGUUUUGAGGGAGAUGAGGUUGUGAAAGUGAUUCUGAUGUUCAGAUCUGACAGCCAUAUUUUCCAUUCCUUCAUUACCUUGUCUGUGUCUUAAUUCUUUUUCACUUUAUCUCUUUAAGAUUCUGUCUCUGCAUUUCUCUCUCCCCCUCUCAACCUUCUUAGUCUCCAGCCCUAGGAAUUUAAUCAUCAGAAUUGCAUCUUGGUAGAGGAGAUAGAAGGUGUGGUUUUUGAUUGCCUUCUUUUUCCUCACGAGGUGGUUUGUAAUAAAUUUUACUCCUUCAAACUCCAAAUCAUACUUUUGAAGAUUGUGUGUCCUAGUGGACUCAUGAAUCAGUGGUGGUUUGAUGCCUCUUCUCCCUCAUGUCUCCCUCACCUCACCCACCUUCCUUAUAACUCACCACCUUCCCUCUGUCCACAUCUAUAGAUUUCUGGUUCCAUGUUGUUGUCAGGGCUGUAUUUCCUAGUCUGUUCUAAAUCCUUCUUUGCCAACUAGAGUGAUGCUCUGCCUAGCAGCUUACUGUAAAUAUUGUACAGUGAUUCUGUGUAAAUAGCUGUGGCCCAUGACCAUAAUGAAUAAGACUUCCAGGUCAGAAAAUUAAAGAUAAAUUUAUUCAUUGA